AUGUCAGAGGACUGCUCCCAGCCCUGUAACUGCCCUGCAGAGACCCCACUCUGCCCGUUUGGCACCAGCCUUGUCCUGGAUGGCUGUGGUUGCUGUAAGGUGUGUGCCAGGCAAGCAGGGGAACCAUGUUCUCUCCUGGAGCCCUGUGAUCACCACAAGGAGCUCUAUUGUGACUACGGUGUACUGAGUGACACGGAGACGGGCAUCUGUAUGGCUCAAGAGGGUCAGACCUGUGACCUGGGAGGGGUUAUAUACCGCAGUGGGGAGACCUUCCAGCCCAGCUGUAAACACCAGUGCGUUUGCAUAAAUGGUGAGAUUGGCUGCGUGCCCACCUGUGCCAGCGAUGUGCGCCUGCCUUCUCCGGACUGCCCCUACCCUCGCCGCAUCCAGAUCCCGGGCAAAUGCUGUGAGGAGUGGGUGUGUGACUCAAGCCCCCAGGAGCAUCCCUUUGAGUCGGCAAUGGCUGUCUAUAGACAGGUGUCUGCUCAUGGGCCUCAACCUGAAAGUCCACGAGACAACUGCAUCGUCCAGACCACCGAAUGGAGCGAAUGCUCGGCCACCUGUGGCAUGGGCGUGUCGUCUCGCGUCACCAACGACAACGAGCAGUGCCAGCUGGAAAGACAAACCCGUGUCUGCAUGAUCCGCCCAUGCCAAGUUGACCAACAGAGGAGUAUUAAAAGGGGUAAGAAGUGUGUGAGGACCCCUAAGAGCCAGCGUGGCAUGCGUUUUGAGCUGUCAGACUGCCGAAGCACCAAGGUGUACAAGCCCAAAUUCUGCGGGGUGUGUACCGACGGCCGCUGCUGCACCCCUCAGUCGACCAUCACGGCCGAGGUGGAGUUCCGCUGCCCUGAGGGUGACUCCUUCAAGAAGAAGAUGAUGUUCAUCAAGUCUUGUUCUUGUCAUUACGACUGCCCGCGUGAAAACGACAUCUUUCUCGCCUCAAACACCCGACGAAUGAUCGGGGACUAUGAGAAUGACAUGUGA